AUUUCUAAACUAAUCAUUAAUUUCGGGAAAAUUAUAAAUAAAAUGAACGAUAAUUACAAUGAAAAUGAAAUAAUUGAUGAAAAUUAUGUCAAUUUAAUGAAACAAGUGAUCAAUUAUUCACUCAAUUUCUAUAACAAAGACAUUAACUAUGAGUUCCCGCGACUCAUGGACUCAAACGGGGAUCCAUUGGUUCUUCAGCCGUCGCUCUUCCCUAUGGUUUGGCCCACCGUUUACUUUACCACUGAAGACGAGUCCAUGUCUUCGGUGCCAAACAAACUCAAACCGUAUCUGAAAUGGAAAUUGUCUUCAAUCACUGCCAACACAAUGAAGACAGUGGUCACCAAAUCUGGUUUCCGUCUCUUAAGAGACAAGAAUCAGAAGGUUUACAAGAAUUGGAGCGCCAUUUGGUGUAAACACUUGAAGAGCGUUGACUUCAAGACAAUCAAAGACUACCAGAAAGUAAACCAUUUUCCCGGAAGUUUUCAUUUCGGCCGCAAAGACAAAUUGUGGCAAAACUUGCGCUCAAUGUCUGCCAAACACGGCUUUGAAGUGUUCGGUCACUUCCAUCCGCCGACGUUUGUCUUACCCCACGACUGGACACAACUCAAAAAGUAUUGGAUUAAUUCUGGCGAAGAACUGGUGUUUAUACUGAAGCCUCCGGCCUCUGCCAGAGGACAGGGCAUUAAAAUCAUCAAUACGUUCAGUGAUAUACCAAAGACAUCGAGAACUAAACUCAAACACAAUCUUAAGUCACAAUACGUGGUUCAGAAGUAUAUAACUAAUCCGUGUCUACUCUAUAAUGAAACCAAAUUUGAUCUUCGGGUGUAUGUGUUGAUCACAUCUAUAGAUCCAUUGAGAGUCUAUAUCUAUGACGACGGACUCGUGAGGUUUGCUUCGCAUAAAUACUCGGAUGACAUCCAAAACAAUAGAGACAAUCAAUUCAUGCAUUUAACUAAUUAUAGUGUAAAUAAAAAUAACUUAAAUUAUGUCCCAAAUCAUGACAUCAACGGCCAAACGGGGAACAAAUGGACGCUUAAAACUUUGUGGCGAUAUUUUAAUCACUCGUGCAAAGAGGUUGACGUCGAAGCCAUCAUUAGUUCCAUAGAAGACAUGAUAACUAAGACAAUAAUAAGUUGCGAACCAUUUGUUUCCAAAUUAGUUAAGGAGAAUGUGAAGAGUAGGUACUCUUGUUUUGAACUCUUGGGCUUUGAUAUAAUGCUCGACAACGCAUACAAGCCGUGGCUCUUAGAGGUUAAUAUAUCGCCGAGUCUUCGGUCGGACUCCUCUCUGGACAGUGCCGUCAAAAUUCCUUUAAUCAAAGAUAUGUUUAAUCUAAUCGGACAUCAAAUUCCUCCUAAUUUUAAACGAAUGGAAACUUUUGCCGAAUUUAUUUGUUUUAAUCGUCAUUACUAUUCAGCAGUUCUCACAGACGAAGAAAUAAUUAAACACAAGAAGUAUGUCUCCUCUUUCGUCGACAAUUCAUUUGCAGAAACGGCUGAAAUUGUCACUCAUUUGACUGAUGAAGACAUUCGUAUAUUAAUGGAAUCGGAGGAUGAAUUCUCAAGAGCCGGUCGUUUCAAACGAUUGCUUCCUUCAGCCAAAUCUCGACAUUAUCUCAAAUAUUUUGAUCAACUCUUGUACUCAAAUCUACUUUUAGACGAAUGGGAACAACAAUACAGUGAUAACAGAGAAAAAGGAAUUGAAAGAAUACGAGAACUCGUUUCGAGCAGACAUCACAUGUUUUACAACAAUUCAGAACUUUUCAACACAUUUUUACGCAAUUUUCAGAUCAACGAUAGCUUUGAAGAAAACGACGCCGUUCUCGUCAUCCGUUUUUUCCAUUUCGACUAUAUU